CACCGUGGAAACAGAUCGGCAAUACUACAUCAUACCAUCAAUCCGUGGCCCACCAGGUGGCGGAUUGAAACUUGCCAAAACCGGCAACUCAGACUUGUCUUGCAAGAUUUCUCAGAAGUCUUCCGUGGCCGUUCUGUCAAAUUCACCACCGGCGGAGACAGCACUGUAGUCCUCACAGGUCAGAAUCUGGUUAUCGAGUUCGUAAAUAAGCCAGAGUGUGCAGAAUCCGGCAAGUGGGAGGUGAUUUUGGACUUCAAAUUCCCCGUGCCAUACGUGGGAAUUAGUGCUCAGCAACGAGUUGUUAGUGGCUCAUUUCAGAUUCAGAAGUACCGAUUUGGUGUUGGGUACAAGCUUGUGUUUUGUCGAGAUGGCGGAGAAACUUGUUUGAAUAUUGGGAGAUUUGAUGCAAAGAACGGUGAGGAUGGAACACGCUUGAGGCUGGAUGACCCAGAUCCCUUCGAUGUUGUCUUCGUAGAGGCUUUUGAAGAUAAAUGAGGUUAUUAAGUCCGUACUUUGAAUCAAAUAUCUCAACUGUGCUUAAUAGUUGUUGAGUUAAUGUAAUCAUAUGCUCUUCUUGUUAUUUGCAUUAUCCAAGUUAAUAAGAGAUAUUAAUUGUUAUAUA